GCGAGCCCCUCGCUGCCCCAGGCGCGCUCUGGGAGUCGGGUGGCCGCGCGGACCUUACCCCUGCCCCUCUAGGGGCGUCCGGUCCAGUGCCCGUACGGCCGCGAGGCUCUCUCUCAGCAGCCGAGCGCGGGAGCGGGGUCGGAAAGGACGCUCUAGGCCGUGUUGAGGCAAAGGGGCUGCGGGUCGGGGUCCCUGCAGCCGGCGCCCUGGCGGGAGGUCGGAGCCCCCAGCGAGGGGCUGGGCCGGAGGAGACCGCGCGGGCGUCCUAGGGGACGACCAGGUGCUGAGAGCGAGGCUGUUGGGGGAGAUUCAGGGCAUUCUGCCUAGGCCAUGGGCGCCGUCGGAGACCCGGGGCUCCCCUCCGGGCUCCCCUCGGGGCUUCGACCACUUGGCUUGGGCAUUUCACAGGUUUCCCAUAGCCAUCCAGCCUCGAAGCCUGCAGGAUUGAAAAACGGCUUCAACCAAAGGCUCUUUUCCCUCUAAGGAGAGGGGAGGGGCUGAGCCCGUCAGCGAGGGGACUCGCGAGGGAUGCCCCGGCCCUCGGGGGUGGAAGGAGCAAAGGUUGAAGGAGGCGGCAGGAGCGGAGAGCGCCCUUCUUGACCAUCAAAUGCUUCCUUCAGUGUUUCCAUCUCUGCCGAGUGGGCUUGGCUGCGCUGACCACUUGGGAGGAGGGACGGACGAGGCUCAGCGGGCUCUGAUCGUGCCGCCUUCAUGUGGUUGCUGACGGGGACCCAGGAGGGUACGGGCAUGGGGCGCAGCCUCGCCCUCCUCCCUCCCCGCCUCCCAGGCGCGGGAGCUGGAGAUGUGGAGACGUGAGGGGACCCGCGGCUGCCCGGGGUUCUCCAGGACUCCACCAGGCACCCUCGCGUCCCUCCGUGCCCGGGGCAGGAGAGACUGGCGUGGGGCUCGGAGGCGGGCGGAAGGGCUGGCGACGAGCAGAGCCGGGGCCCCAGCCUAGCCAUGGGGCAUAACGGUAGCUGGAUUUCCCGAAACUCUAGCGAGCCGCGCAACGCGUCGGGCGCGGAGGCGGCGGGCGCCAACCGCAGCGCACUCGGCGAGUUCGGCGAGGCGCAGCUGUACCGCCAGUUCACCACCACCGUGCAGGUCGUCAUCUUCAUAGGCUCGCUGCUCGGAAACUUCAUGGUGUUGUGGUCAACUUGCCGCACAACUGUGUUCAAAUCUGUCACCAACAGGUUCAUUAAAAACCUGGCCUGCUCGGGGAUCUGUGCCAGCCUGGUCUGCGUGCCCUUCGACAUCAUACUCAGCACCAGCCCUCACUGUUGCUGGUGGAUCUAUACCAUGCUCUUCUGCAAGGUUGUCAAAUUCUUGCACAAAGUCUUCUGCUCGGUGACUAUCCUCAGCUUCCCUGCCAUUGCCUUGGACAGGUACUAUUCGGUCCUCUAUCCGCUGGAGAGAAAAAUAUCUGACGCCAGGUCCCGGGAGCUGGUGAUGUACAUCUGGGCCCAUGCGGUGGUGGCCAGCGUCCCUGUGUUUGCAGUGAGCAACGUGGCCGACAUCUACGCCAUGUCCACCUGCAGCGAGGUCUGGAGCAACUCCCUGGGCCACCUGUUGUACGUUCUGAUCUAUAACAUCACCACGGUCAUCGUGCCGGUGGCCGUGGUCUUCCUCUUCCUGAUACUGAUCCGGCGGGCCUUGAGUGCCAGCCAGAAGAAGAAGGUCAUCAUAGCAGCGCUGCGGACGCCGCAGAACACCAUCUCCAUCCCCUACGCCUCCCAGCGCGAGGCCGAGCUGCAUGCUACCCUGCUGUCCAUGGUGACGGUCUUCAUCGUAUGCAGCGUGCCCUACGCCACCCUGGUCGUCUACCAGACCGUGCUCAACGUCCCCGACACCUCCGUCUUCUUGCUGCUCACCGCCAUUUGGCUGCCCAAAGUGUCUCUGCUGGCGAACCCUGUGCUUUUCCUCACUGUGAACAAAUCUGUCCGCAAGUGCUUGGUAGGGACCUUGGUCCAAUUGCACCACCGGUGCAGUCGCCGUAACGUGGUGGGGACAGGGAGCGGGCUGGCUGACGCCAGCCUGGAGCCCAGCAUACGCUCGGGCAGCCAGCUCCUGGAAAUGUUCCACAUUGGACAGCAGCAGAUCUUUAAGCCCACGGAGGACGAGGAAGAGAGCGAGGCCAAGUACACUGGCUCCGCUGACCUCCAGGCCAAGGUGAUACUCAGCCCCUGCCUGGAGGGAGACCAGCGGCCACAGUGUGUACCCCCUGCACCACCCCCGGGCACGGUGGACUCUAUAUCUCAGGUGGCACCAGCAGCCCCGGUGGAAGCGGACACACUCCCUGACAAGUACUCGCUGCAGUUUGGCUUUGGGCCUUUUGAGUUGCCUCCCCAGUGGCUCUCAGAGACCCGAAACAGCAAGAAGCGGCUGCUUCCCCCCUUGGGGAACACCCCAGAAGAGCUGAUCCAGACAAAGAUGCCCAAGGUACGCAGGGUAGAGCGGAAGAUGAGCAGAAACAACAAAGUGAGCGUUUUCCCAAAGGUGGACUCCUAGCAAGGACUGAAAAUCCCUCCCUGCUGCCCUCCCUUGGCGGCGGCUCUGUGAUUCCUGUGACCGCAUGGACACCUCCUGUCUGGGUCACGUGCUUUUGGACGAGAGGGAAAUCUAUAAAAUCAAAUGUCCUCUUUAUUGAGGGAGUAUAUAUAAAUAUAUUUAUCCCAGUGAUCCAGGUCCUUCGUAAAAUCCAUCUUCCUCUCUCUAUGGAGACGAGAGCUGGGCAGUGUGGAAUGGGCCUUGGGAUGGCUACUCCAUGUGCAUUUUCUGGGGACUCCUCAGCUCUGAGGGCCCAGCAGAGAAUACACGGAGAGAAAAGCAUCAUGAGCUCAAAGGGAGCAGGGGCAUUCCAGGGAUGCCCAAGAUAACUGUGAAGUAGUGUGACCACAAAGAACAUGCCUGUUGGAUGGGCUUGAGUAUGACACAUAUUAAAAGUGUUUAAUAUUGAUCUCUACCGUCAGGGAAGAUAAGGACUUGGCGUUUGACUCCUAUUCUCUGGGAGGCCCCAUCGUAUGACUUGCAGUUUCUCCUGAUGCCCUUCAUUCUUUCCCUGGGAUAUGGAUGAGCAACACCUAUUCAACCCCCAGUUGACAGACAUGGCAAUAGAUAUGCCUGGCAGUAAGGGAGCUGCUGUGUCCUUGAUUAUCCUGACAUUCUCUUGACAUUCUCUUGACCUCACAAUGGCCUCAGAAAGACAUGUUUGCCAGUGUUGGUUAGAAAAUACUGCUAGCAGUUCAUUAUGACUUUCCCCCUUACAUUGUGUUUUUUCAACAAAUGAGAGAGAAGUGUAGAGGUGGAGAAGAAAGACUGAAAUGUCCAUACACUCUAGUCUGUCUUCUUCCCAUGUAUUCUCACCUGAAAGGGGCUGCAUAGCAAUCUGUAGGAGUAAAGUAUAUUGAAAAAAAUUAUCCCAUGCAAAACUUCUGGAAUUCAAAGGCAAUUUGAAAAUGCAAAGUUAGUGUAACUGGGUCCUCUGAAAACAUCAAGCAAAAACUGCUUGAUUGGUAAAGGUGAUUCUGCCCAAAAGAGUGGGGAAAGGCUGACAAAAGUGGCUCCCUUUUCAGGAGGACUCCAGACCCAGGCUUGACCAGUCCCUUUUUCAGUCUGUGCAACUGUGGCUCUUUCUUCAUUUUGGAUGUAAAGGAGGAAUAUGACACGGAGAAAGAAUGAAUCAUUCUAAAAUGCCAAGGCAGCACCUAGCCCAGGUGAGCUCUCCACUUGCUCCUUCCCAGUGAAGUUUUCGCAGCAGCCAGAGUAGGUAGAAGAGGGAGGACUGUCUUCAAGUGAUUAGUCCCCUGGGGGGGACUCAAGGUGACUUUCACCAGGCUGAAUUCAAACCACAGAUGACUCAAGUGCCAGCCUUGUUCUUCUCUCUAGGGCAUUUUGUUCUUGUUGAUAGCAUGGAAGGGGGCCCAUCCAGUGCCUUGAGCAAGCUUGAAAGGAAGUGGGCCUUCUCACCGCACACUUCCACAUCCUGAAGGCUGUAGUUCUCAUGUAUCCUUUCCUUUCACUCCGUGGCCCUAUCCCUCAGAGGAAGCUCAGCUUAUAAGGAGUCUCCUUUUCCUUCCUCUGCUGGGUGCUGUGUCUUGUGAUUCCGGAACAUGAACCCAAAGAGCUUUCCCCUGCAGAGGUUGUGCCUUCCUCUGUGUGUUUUGUCUCCUUGAAGUGUUGUGUGCUCACAGCAGAAAUUGGGGACUGCCACCCCGUCUCCCUGCCCCGCUGCCUCCCGGGCCCUGUGUGCAUGCCAUCGGUAGCUUCUUGCCCUGACAGGUAACACGUUGCCCUUCAUGCUUAUCUUUUAAAACCUUCACAAUUGUUACAACUUUCAUCAAGGGGAAACAAUCUGUCAGAAAAUUGUGUCCACUUUAGAAGAAUCUGUCAAAUGUAGUCACUUUGGUGUUGUU